CAAGAUGACCAUCAGUUGGCCCAAUCAGAACUGAGCAUUUCAAUUGUGUGUGUGAACGCCGCUCUCGACGGCGUCAGUAUAAGAGUCGGCCAGCCGCCUGCCUCACACCUCGCGCUGCUGCUGCUGCCGUCUCACUCGAGCCGCCGUCCCGGCCUGCGUCAUGUGCGACCGCCCUGUUCAGGCCGACUACAAAUUUAUGCACCAUCUACGCGAGAAUAUGAUCUGCUCAAAGACGGGAAAACUCUUCAUCUUCGGCUAUGGUUCGUUGAUUUGGAAGCCGAGUUUUCAGUUUUCGCGCAGCUGGGUUGGCUUCAUCGAGGGCUAUCAGCGACGCUUCUAUCAGGGCACAACGACCCACCGAGGCACCGACACGUGGGUGAGUCAUUUGGCAUUUGCAGGUCGGUUCAGCGCCGUGAUUGGCGAACUGAAUCCCCGGACAGUUGGGGUCUCAGUUUGCCCAACCGCUGCUACCGACAGAGCAUAAUUUGGUCGGUUCAGCGCCGUGAUUGGCGAACUGAAUCUCCGGACAGUUGGGGUCUCAGUUUGCCCAACCGCUGCUACCAAUAG